AUGCUUGUCAACGCAAGACUCUCGUGGCAGCAUGCCGUCCUGUCGGCUCUCGUCAUGAGCUCUGCCGUCUCGGCCAACUACGGCUCCGUCCACGUCCGCCGCGGCGAGCAUGCCAUCCGCGACAUCCCUCCCAACAGAGAGCAUGCCCUGAAGGAGCGCGACCUUCUCUCCACUCUUUCGGGCUUGCUUGGAGGUGCCGGAGCAGGUGCCGGAAACAACGACGAUGCUGCUGAUGCGGCCGCCGGCCAGCAGCAGGGCGGAAAGGGCCAGGCCAAAGAGGGAGCUGCCGGCGCGGGUGAAGCCGCGGCUGGAGGCCAGGACGAGGAGGCCCAGGACGAGGAGGCCCAAGGAGAAGCCGCCCAGGGAGAAGCCGCCCAGGGAGAAGCCGCCCAGGGAGAAGCCGCCCAGGGAGAAGCCGCCCAGGGAGAAGCCGCCCAGGGUGAGGAUGCCCAGGAAGCCGACGACGAGGAGGCCCAAGAUGGCCAGGCACAAGGCCAAGAAAAGGGACAAGCCAAAGGAAAGGGCGCGCAGGGCGAGGCAGGCAACGCUGCUGGAGCUGGAGCUGCUGCAGGCAACGCGACUGCUGAGGCCGGAGCUGCCAAGGGCAAGGGAAAACAAAAUGGAGACGCAGCUCAAGCAGGCUGCGCUGCCGCCGCCGCCAACGCAGGUGAGGCUGCUGCCGCCAAGGGCAAGGGCAAAAACGGAAACUCUGCUGCUGCUGGCGGAGCCGCAGCUGGAAACGCAACAGCAGACGCCGGAGCCGAGCAGCAGCAAGGCAAGGGCAAAGGACAAGCCAACAACGCCCAAGAUGACGAGGAAGAUGCGCAGGCCGGAAAUGCCAACGCUGGUGAUGAGGAGGCAGCUGCUGGCAACGAAAACGCUGACCAGGAGGACGCCCAGGCCGAGGACGCCCAGAACCAGAACCAGGAUGCCGCAGCUGAGGACGCCCAGGCCGAGGACGCCCAGAACCAGAACCAGGAUGCCGCAGCUGAGGACGCGCAAGCUGAGGAUGCCCAGAACCAGAAGCAGGGCGCAGGAGCUGAAGACGCCCAGGCCGAGGACGCCCAGAACCAGAACCAGGACCAGGAUGCAGCAGCUGAGGACGCCCAGAACCAGAACCAGGACCAGGGCGCCGCAGCUGGCCAGCAGGCCGGCGCUGGUACCGGGAACGCCGCUGUUGAUGCUCUGAUCGCGGCUGGCAAGGUCAAGCUGAUGAAGACCCGCAACGUCAUGGCCAACGCGGCGUGGUAA